GUAAAGUAUAAUUCAUAAAGUGUCUAUAAACGAAUCUCGCAAGUAGAAUAAUAUUUGUAUAGUUUCAUCGUACACAUGAAUAUAUAAAUGUAUGACAAGUAGUUUAUUUAAAAUUGGUGAAUAUGGCUAUGUCAAGUAUUUUGUUAAUGCGAAAAGGUUUUUUAGCGAACGGUUUUAGAAGUUUAUGGACUUGUAAGACAUUACUCUCGAAUCAGACUGAAAAUGCAAAUACACAACAAACAAGUCAAGAGUAUACUAAUUGUAAGGAAAGCGACGAAGAAUAUGAAAAAAAUAUCAAAACAAAAAUUCUUGCUGCAUCUUUAAAGUAUGUUCAUGAUCUAGGAUGGAGCCAGCAAGCUAUCAGUGCUGGUGCAGAAUCUAUUGGGUAUCCUGGUGUGAUUCAUGGAUUAUUCCCUAAUAAAGGAGUAGAUUUGGUUCAGUACUUUUAUUUGACAUGUAACACAGAAUUAAAUGAAAUCCUUAUGAAACGAGCAGAGGCUACUGAAGAAAAUUGUACCAAAGGAGAAAAACCAUUAGAAUCACAAGUACGCGAUGCCGUUGAAAUAAGGCUUAGAAUGGUGAUUCCAUAUAAAAAGACAUGGCCCCAAGCAUUAGCUCUAAUGGCACUACCACCUAAUGCACCAAAGUCAUUAGCUAAUUUACUUACUUUAGUAGAUGACAUUUGUUAUUAUGCUGGUGAUAGAUCAGUUGAUAUCAACUGGUACACAAGAAGGGUAGUAUUAGCAGGUAUUUAUAAAACCACAGAGCUGUAUAUGCUACAAGAUAACAGUGAAGAUCAUAGACAAACUUGGAACUUCUUAGAAAGGCGGAUAAAAGAUGCAACACAAAUUCAUGCAUUUUUCACAACAACUUCUGAUAUAGCCUUACCAGAUCAAGCCCUGAAUCGUGUUUCUGAAACAGCAAGUGCUGCUUUUGUUACAGCACGUAAUAUACUCGGACUGAACUGGAAUAGGUAAACUAAAUUUCAAGUAAAAGAAGAAUAAACUAUUGGCUAUUUAUAGAAAUCAAAGCACGUCGAGUAUUUCAUUUUCGAACUUAUUUAGUGCGAAUGAAAGUAUACUUUUAAAAAAACUAUGUAUAUACUUUCAGUUGUACAAUGGAAAUAUUAAAGAAAAUGAAGAUUUAAGUUAAAUUAACAA